AUGGCAGAAUCAGAGACUUCAAGUACUUCAGAGACAAGUGAUUCUACUAUCGAGCCAUUUCUGUUUCAAGCAGUUUUACAGGGAUUGAAUUCCGCGGCAAACGAUGUAACAGAAUCUGAUGACUACUUAUCUUUCAGCACAGUUUUAGAUAUUUAUUUAAAUGACCCUUCGAAGUAUUCUUAUGAGGAGCGAGAAAUCUUGUUGGAUGAAGUUUUGAAGGUUUUGAAUGAACAUAAAGCUUUGACUUAUGAAAUUGGGUGGGAUAUACCAAGUUUGUUAAUACCUUAUGUUGAUUCCAACUUUCAAUUUAAUCUGGCUAUAAGAGAUGCUCCUUGCGUUUAUAAAAUUAUCAAAAUAUUUGAAUGCUUAGCAUUAUAUGGGAAUCCUAAGGAGUUAUUUUUGCAAUCAUGUGAAUUACUCAGCAAGAUAAGCGUCAAUGACUCGACUGUCGCUGAUGAUAUUAAGGAAAUGUUUUUUGAUAUAAAAUUGUAUUGCGUUUUCGAGCUUAUUAACAGCUGUUUGAAGAAAAUAAGAACGCUUUAUCCAUCCAGGUUUUUAGCGAUGACGGUGAGUUCUUUCAUUAACUCACAUUAUAAGAAUUCCGACUUGGUUUCGGGGGAUAGUAACUUCAUUUUGACAAGAGCUUAUACCUUUCUCAGAGACUAUUCGAGUCCACCAGUUCCAGAUGAUACGAAAGGACUUUCAGAUAAAGAGCUUGCUAAAAUACGUGAGGAUGAGAAUUAUUUGCAGAGAAAGCUAUUGACGGGCUUUUUGACAGAGACCAUAAGCUUGCACGAAAAGCGCCAUUUAUUUGGAUUUUCCUUUGAUCACGUAUCUUAUCUCCGAUUGCUUAAUGGAAUAGAUGAUGAAAAAAACUACAAGAUCGAACAUGCCGUCUUGGACAGGUUUUUAGAGCUUGCUUAUUCAUUUGACUUAUCCUUGUCUAAGACAUUCAAGGAGUACUUGAUUAAUUCCCAUGAAUUGCUACACACUAUCAAUUACAACUCGAGGGAUGAAGACUCGAUAAGUGCGGAAGUCUUUGAAAAAGUUAUUAUUGAUUAUCAGAAAAAUGUUGCCUCAUCCUUAAUCGAUAGUGAUGCGAAUGAAAUCAAGGAUUCAGUGAUAGGUCGUUUGAUACUAUUCACUUACCAAAUUGCAAAAGAACGAUCUUUUGACAAAAUAGAGCUUGGAUUUCGAGAUGCUCUUGCCUUUACGAUAAGGUCUUUGAUUCCAGGAUUAGUUCUGUCUUCUUUCAGACAGAGAGGUUUGCAGGAUACAGCUGUUUUUUGGUCUUGGUAUUCUCUUCACCAGCUGUCAUUAAAUAAUAAGAAGAUUGAACUAGAAAUAGAAGCUGUUCCAAAGGAACUUUUGAUAAUAUAUUAUCAGAUUUUGUUAUUUUGUUGCAUAUCUAGCAAGCCACAAUCGAAUUUUAGGUAUUGCACAUUAACGUUACUAUCUAGGGUCCUUUCCUUAUCACCAGAGGAUACGGCAUAUUCUUUCAUUCAGGACUCUUUGCUGAACUGCCCCUAUGAUGCUGUUAAGUCAGACUUGGUUGGUAUCCUUAAGCAGAUGCUCACGAAGGAAAAAGUUAACGUUGCUGAAUUAGAACAAAAUUUAUCAUCUUUGGGAAUAAGUUCUUCAUCGCAAGAGAAUGAACAGAGUUUAAAUAUUAAACAGAAAGAACCCAAAAAAUACUUUUCUCUUGAUGAAACAAAGGCAAAAGAUAUUUUGGAAUUGCUUGAUAGCGCUAUUGAUACUACAUUCCUAGAAAUUGAAACAGAGGAGGAAGAAAACAGUAAAUCGUCGUCACUUCUGAUUAACCCUGGCACUUUCGGGCUAUUGUCUUCUUAUUUAAAUCUUUUGGUGGUUAUUAAGGAUAACGAGAAUCUAUCUAAGCAAGAAAAUAAGCUUCUGGCUCUAUUGGACAAAGUAACAACGAAUACACUGACACUCAAGGAUCAACUCGAACAGAGUGGCAAAACGUCAUCCUUUGAGUACAAUGCAACUGGAAUCUUAGGUGUGGCUAUUGAACGGAUCACUAAUAAAAAUAAAAGUAAAGCCUAA